AUGGCCUCCAUACGCACUUAUAGUACAUACGACAAACAUGGAUAUACUUACUAUCCCGUCGCUAUCAUUGGCGCCGGCGAAUCUGGGAUUGCCAUGGGUUGUCAGCUUAAGCAACAGCUGAACUUCGACCAGUUUCGCAUAUUCGAGAGAAGAUCGGGUAUUGGAGGUACUUGGUGGAGUAAUAGAUACCCCGGCGUUGCCUGCGAUAUUCCGGCAGUUUUAUAUUCCUUCUCCUUUGCACAGAACCCCAAAUGGACUUCAACCUUUCCCUCAGGAAAAGAGAUUGCAGAGUAUCUGGCCGACGUCUGUAACAAGUACGAAAUCGUGGACAAACUACAAUUUCACACAGAGGUGGCAGAACUGAAGUGGUUGACUGACGAAGAAGAGUGGGAACUAACCGUAAUUCAUCUUGUGCCUGGGGCAGGGGAUUGGUCAGAGGCCGAACGACGAGAUAGAAUCGCCGCCGAGGGACCGAAAAGUGUCUAUUUAGCCACUGAGAAAAUACGGGCAAAGAUUGCCAUCAGUGCUGUAGGUGGACUAGUAGAGCCGCAGGUGAUACCGAAAGACAUCCCAGGUUUUGACACCUUCGAAGGCGAACUCACCCAUACAGCGAGAUGGAACGAGGAUCUCGAUGUAAAUGGGAAAGAUGUGGUUGUCCUUGGCGCCGGCGCCAGUGCUGCUCAAGUUGUCUCGAGCAUAUCGUCGACUAAAUACAACAUCAAAUCGGUCACACAGCUGCUAAGAACAGCGCCAUGGGUCAGACCUGACGAUGAUAGUGGCCAGCUGAAAGACGAGCAAUUACAGCAAUUGUCGUGGUACUUCCAGUAUAUUCCUGGUUUCCAGCGAGUGUACAGAACAUUGGUCUUCUUUCUGGUUGAGCAUGAGUUUUUCCUGAUGUUCUCGAAUACAUCCUACACUGAGAAGCACAGACCACUCGAGCAAGAAAGGUAUCGUCGUUUCAUGGAAAGGACCGCUCCAGCCAAGUAUCAUGAUCUACUGAAUCCAGAUUAUGAUCUGGGUUGCAAGAGACGAAUCAUUGGCGGCGCGUGGUUGAGAAGCUUGCACCGUCCAAAGGUGAAUCUGACCUCCCGCGAACUGAAGAGCGUCAACGCUCGCAGUGUCACACUUGGCGCGCCGACUUAUCCUCGUGCGGCUAAAACCGUUGCCGAGAACGAUGAGGUAGAGCUUCCAGCAGAUAUUAUAGUCCUGGCGAAUGGAUAUCGAACCAACGAAUAUCUGCAACCUCUUCUGGUCAUCGGCAAAGACGGUCGAAGUAUCCAUGAGAUUUGGGAGGAGAGAGGCGGACCUCAAGCCUAUCUUGGAGUCGCGAUGGACAAGUUUCCUAAUUUCUUCAUGAUCUUUGGACCUAAUACCGUUACCGGCCACACCAGCGUCAUUCUGGCGAGCGAAAACGCCAUCACCUAUACUCUGAAACUGAUAAAGCCGAUUCUCAAAGGCACCGUAAGCACUUGGGAAAUCAAGGAGAAUGCUGAACGUGAAUGGACGAAAAAGGUCCAGGAUGGAUUGAAGCAGACGCCUUUCAAUAACGGCAGCUGUACAAGUUGGUACACAAACGAUAAGGGUUGGAACUCGACCGCAUAUCCAUUCUCACAAAUCGACUAUGGGUUGCGAUGCAUGUUUCCGGUCUGGAAACACUGGCAAUCUAAGAUGACUGCCGAAGGUCUGAAACAGCAUAACAAGAGAACCUGGAAUCGCCGGAUGGCUCUCGCUCUGACGGUAGCACUCUAUCUCUGGGGAAGAAGGAAUUCGUCGUGGGAGCAAACGAUCCGAUUGAAUAUCGCUCAAGCAGUUUCGAAGGUCAAUACUCUAUUCACCAGUCUGAAUGAACUAUCCACUUUCAAAACAUCACUUGACUCGGUACCCUUUGAUCAAUAUUCUACCGACCCCUCUCGUACUGGGCCUAUCUCAACCUCCCAAGAGCAGCCUUCMCCAGCCAGUCCACCACAAACCAGACAUCCUCGAUUCCAUGGUCCGACUAGUUCGGCUUUCAAUUUUGGUGUAGCUCGAGUGAGUCUCCGUGACAUGGGUUUGACCUCUACCGAGAAUUCAAUCCAUGAUGACCUCGCUGCUGUCGCCGAGGAAUCAUCACUGCCAACAGCUUUGACCCGCCUGGCAGCCAUGCAUCCUACCAAAGACCCGAUAUGGGCCAUCACUCGAGAAGAGGCAGUACGCUUGUGUAGAGUGUAUGAAGAAGAAAUCGGCUUGAUGUACCCUUUCUUCAACAUUGAAAAGGUCAUUUCACAAACAAAUCUUCUCUACAAUUUUCUAGAAGCAGCGACAAGAACCGGCUUGACGCAAACUCAAUUACCAGGGUUGGAUGGCUUACAAGACGACGAUUCUCUUAAUUUGAAAAUGAUUCUUGCCACAACACUGGUCCUUGAGGGUGGUGGUCAAAGUACGCUAGCAAGACAGCUUUUUGACACUGUGAAGCAGGUGUUUUAUACAAAGAUACUAGAACCCGCAAAUAUCAAAACGAUUCAGCUGUUUUCAAUUAUGGCAAUGUAUUACUUCCACACAGACAACGAAUUGAUGUGUUAUCGUAUUACGGGCAUGAACGCUCGGGCAUGCCUUGAGCUUGGAUUGCAUCGAUGGGAUGCAGUAAUCAAAGCAUUUCCAACUGAAAGCGACUGGACGGAGGUCGUUCGACUGUUCUGGGCAAUCUAUAACCUUGACCGAAGAUUCAGCUUUGGCACGGGCUUGCCCUUCGCAAUUCCGGAUAGUGACAUUGAUCCCAGCCUUCCAGAGCCUGAUGAUUCGCGGCCGUACUCGAAGAGCAUGGUUGCAUAUGAUCGGCUCAGUUCGAAGAUAUGGUACUCUGGCGUGGGGUUCGAAGGUUCUACCGACGUUAACAGAGAAGAAAUUGGCUUCCUCGAUUAUCAAGUUUGCCAGUGGUACAAGAAUAUACCGGAAAGUAUGAAGCUUUCGGUGGAAUCGCCUGGCAACGACAACUCUGGCAAUCGAGGACUACAGCGACUGCGGGUGCUAUUAUACCUUCGAAUGAAUCAUCUACGGAUCCUGAUCUAUAGACCAGUUCUGCAUUCAGCAUCAAGUAUUGUCGAGAACCAAGGACAUGCUCGCACGGUCGUUGGUAUUGCUAGAGACACUAUCCGAAUUCUAGCUAGACUCAAUCAGACGUCUGACAUCUACAGGACACAACAAAUAACUUUCAAUUGGUUCUUGGUCGCUGCGCUUGCUGUUCUAUUUCUCGCAGUCUGCCAUGCUCCUGGUGAAUUCAGCCGCGAAGUGCGCGACGAAUUCUAUCUAGCGCUGGAUCUUAUCAACGGCUUCAGCGCACAUUCCUACAUCUCCAUGAGACUAUGGAAUUCGAUUAAAGGACUGCGCAAGAUUGCCGAGAAACUGGGUGUAUUUGGUCGCAACAACGGAACAGAUGCUCGUGAUCCCCAUUCGAACGCAGCCGUUGCCAUGGCAGGUUUAGCCGGACAUCCCAUGGAAAACAUGUCGGUAUAUGGGCCGACAAUGGGGACAAUAUCUGAACUAGGGAACAGCCCCAUGAACGGCCUACAAAUCAGUCAUGAACUGACCAAUCUUUUCGAAGCUGUCGGGGCAACGAAUUCCUUUGGAGCUGAUAAUCUCACCGGAUUCAUUUCGAAUGAUGGUGAUUUGCAGAAUUCUGGUGAAGGCUUGGCCGGGGUUCUGAGCAGCGAUGCCGAGUUUUCGCGCAUAUUGAGUGGUCUCAUAUAA